UUACUUUUGACAGAGUUUCCAACCUUUCCAGAUGGACACAAAAAGUGAUGAUGAUUGGCAAGUUCAGGGCAGUGAUGAUGAAAAAUAUGACCCUGGAAAAAAGGGCAACGGAACCUGGUGCCCUUUACCAGAAGAUAUUGUAAAGCUUUAUGAAGCUUUAGCAAAAGAGAAGGUUUUAAAAUUGGAAUGGAAAUGCCCUGGUAGACAUUUACCAAAGGCAGACAAGCCUUCAGAAGAUGUCAAAAUGAAAGAGGAGUCUAAACCAGAGAUCAUUCAACAACCUAAAGAAGAUUCAAAACAAGUACUAUCAACAGAGUUUGAUUUUGAUGAUGAUGAUUUUGGUUCAACAACAAAAGUUACACCUCAACGAUUACCAGGUAAUAGAACUCCCAGGACCCAGAAAAAAGUGGCAACCAUGGACAAAAUUUUGCAAGAUGUUAUGAAGCAAAGAAUACAGAGUUCAGCAGACCGUGAAACAAAACGCAGACUUCAGCGAUCCCCACGAACCCCAGGAUCCACCCCUGUCAAACCCCCAACAAGUUCAGCAGGUGUCAGCAGUCCAGCCAAAACCCAAACCUCAGAGGUGCCCUCUAAUCCAACAGUGACCACCAGUCCUAGUACUGUUGUGCCGUCUGUGAUCAAUACCGAGAGUUCAGAGACAAAACCCAUAGAAAUGGAGACAGAACCCUCAUCAGAGGCACAAAAUACUGCAGUCAAAUGAGGGUGGUAGACUUAGAGAUUUCAGACUUGAGUUAAAUGAUUAAGUGCUAUGGAAUGUGUGACCAAAGACUGAAGAGAGUCAUUCAGCUAACCCUUGAUGCUAUUUUAAAAUGAUACUGAUACUGGCAAGAAACAAGGCGGACUUUGAACUUGACUUGAAAUGAAGUAUAGUAACUAGGUCUAGCUUCAAGUUGUUUCUAGUUAUUGUCUUUUGAUUGAUUCUUGAAAUUGAAAUUGAUCAACCAUUUAAAGAGAAACAGAUUUGAUAAUGGAGGAUUUUAUUUUAUUAAUUACAAGGAGCAUUCUUUACAAUAUGUAAGUCUCUGUGUGUGCAUUUUGUCUUUUCAUAUUCACAUCUGGAAUAAAGAAUUCCGCAUAUUA